AUGGCUGUCUCGACGCUGGAGAAGAAUAUAAACGGACAGCCUCGGUUCCCCGGCUGCUCCAACAUCAAGGAUUUCGAGUUCAUCGACAAGCUUGGUGAAGGAACCUUUGGUGAGGUUUACAAAGCACGAUCGAAGAAAGACAACUCGCUCGUUGCUCUUAAGAAGAUUCUCAUGCACAAUGAGAAAGAAGGGUUUCCCAUAACCGCGAUCCGAGAGAUCAAGCUGCUGAAAGCGCUUUCCCACAAAAACAUCUUGCGACUCAAUGAAAUGGCGAUCGAGCGGAGCCGAGGUGAAGGACGAAAGAAGCCUGCCAUGUACAUGGUCAUGCCGUAUAUGGAACACGACCUCUCCGGACUCCUGGAAAACCCUGCCGUCACCUUCACCGAGGCCCAGAUCAAAUGCUAUCUGAUGCAACUCCUUGAAGGACUACGAUAUCUGCAUGCGAAUUUAAUUCUACAUCGUGAUAUGAAAGCUGCCAAUCUCCUGAUCAGUAACGGAGGCAUCCUUCAGAUUGCCGAUUUCGGAUUGGCUCGGCCAUAUGACGAACCUCCCCCUCAACCUGGAAAGGGUGGUGGAGAGGCUAGAAACAAAUACACAGCUCUCGUUGUCACAAGGUGGUACCGGCCUCCUGAGCUACUCCUUCAAUUGCGGCAGUACACCACUGCUAUCGACAUGUGGGGUGUUGGGUGUGUUUUCGGUGAAAUGUUCAAGGGAAAGCCCAUUCUUUCCGGCAACAGUGACCUCAACCAAGCCCAUCUUAUCUUCAGUCUAGUGGGAGCUCCCACCGAAGAAAACAUGCCGGGAUGGAGCUCACUGCCGGGCUGUGAGGGGGUGAAAAACUGGGGUACCAAACGCGGGAAUCUUGCCGAAUCAUUCAAGGAGCUUAAUCCUGUCGCUAUUUCUCUGCUCUCGGAGCUACUCAAGCUCGACUGGCGGAAGAGAAUCAACGCCAUGGAUGCCUUGAAGCAUCCUUACUUUACGACCGAUCCAUUACCGUUGAAACCCGGCGAGAUCCCUUCCUUUGCUGACUCCCAUGAACUGGACCGAAAGCGAUUCCGAGCGCAACGCGCACCAGGGCCACCGGCCCCGCCCGUUGGCUCCGCUGAUCUUUCAUCUAGUGGAGGUUGGGCUAGUUCUGGAUCUCGACCCAACUCCCAGAAUCCUCGAGUGCCAGGCGCAGGCCGGGGCCGACCUGGCGGAUCCGGCGGCGGCGGCGGUGGUGGUGGUGGCCUGGGACCGCAGCGAAGGGGUCCGCCUUUCUCACAUUCACAGAGGAACAACGGCCUUCCUCCAAGACCACCUAUGUCGUCUAAUCGUCCAUAUGACGGACGCGAUGAUCAGCGACGGGAUCGGUUCAAUAAUCCAAACCAAGGAGACCGCCAAGCUGGACGAUACCCAGCUAACAAUGUUGACUCCUAUGUGCCUAACUACGGUAACCCUCCAGACCGCCGCCCACGAGAUGACAGGCGUGAUUAUCCCCGUGAGCAUUCGCGCCGACGAAGUCGAAGUCCAAAUUAUCGGGACUUGAGCCGAUGA